AUGCCAUGCGAGGAGGCGACAAGAUCGACGGACUUAUCGACGAGGACCACCGCCCUAAAACACGAUACAUCGUCGAGUAGCGCCUGCGGAUCGGAAGAGGCCGAAACGAAUGGGGAAGAGGAGUGGCUCGCGGAGGCUCGACCGUACCUCUUUGGCUGUGGAUACAAGGAAUUUACGGAACGGCACCGGUGCGGGUAUCGGGUCUGCAACGACUGUUUCCAGCAGCAGAUGAUGACGUACAUCCUGGAGCUUGUGGAGAAUGGGAUAAGGAGCGAGGACGGGGAGCCGUCGCUGCUUGCCAGAAGGCAGCAUCUCAGCUUGCUGAGGCAGGCUGGCAAACCUCGGUAUGGAGAUCUCGGGGAAGAUUGGCAAACGCCAGGUGAGGUGUGCGCACAAGAUCCGACAUGGCCAGGCUACCCUGCCCCGCUGAACGAUGGCAUGGUCAAGGUUGAAGACCCGGAACUCCUUGUCAACCCAGCUCCCGUGGCUUAUCGAGCGGCUCCCGGGAUGAUGGACGAUAUCUACGAUGGUCCGUUUGUCGACGGUGGUCAAUUUGAGCCUGCCCCAACCCAACUACUGCAGCAACAGCAAGUUUUGUAUCCGGGCCAGGCUGAACCGUAUCUUUACCAAAACCCAGGGCCGAGUUUUCAACCAACUGGCUUGGAGGAUCCUGGCAUGUUCGCCAUAGACCCUCAGCUACUUGAUUGGCAGCAGAGCGAGCCUCAACUGUUAGAAUUUUUUAUGCAGCCGGCCCCGGCGCCUAUCGAAGCAGCACCAACCGGGGACCCGGGUCCAUGUGUAGAAGAUGUGAGAGACACUGCGAGUGCGGAUUUCCUGAAUUGGGAGGCCAGUGUUGAAGCCCAGGCAGGUGGGCAUGACCCGGCGUUUACACACCUGCUUGAGGAGGCCGUCAGCGGCGGGGAUGUGGGGAGUCAUAUGUGGAAUCAAGAUGUGGUUUGGGGCGCAAGCGGAUAUUAUUCAUGA